AACAAUGCGCAGGGCAACCCCCAUCAAGGGCCCUCAUCUCCACCAGAAAGACCCUCAAGAAUCCACGGAGGUUGGCAUGGCUCACUUUUGCGAGUGUCCUCUGCGAUUGGAGAAGGGCUUUAUUUUGGAUGGGGUAGCCGUGAGCACCGUGUCCCGUGCCUAUGGCUACACUAGGCCCAAACUCUGGUCGGCUAUUCCGCCCUACAAUGCACAGCAGGACUACCACACUCGCCGGUACUUUCAGAGCCACGUGGUUCCGCCCAUUUUGCGGAAAACUCAACAGGAUCAUGGCGGUACAGGAAGGGAUGGCUGGAUAGUAGAUUAUUUCCACAUUUUUGGGCAAGGACAGAGAUAUCUCAACAGAAGAAACUGGGCAGGGGCAGGGCAUUCCAUCCAACAGGUGACCGGGCAUGACCACUACAAUGUCGAUUUGAAGCCAACCACGGGGUUCAACGGUAGGUUUGGCUACCGCCGUAACACCCCAUCCCUCCGUCAUCACACAUCCGUGUUUGGGGAGAUCACUCAAUUCCCUCUCUUCUGACAACAUUGCUUCCUUAUUACAGCCAUUGGCCUGAAUUUCUAAGAAAGUUGUUUAUAUGAAUUCUCAAUGAUAUUUUAUAUUAAAAUUUAUUUGUGUCUCCAA